CGCACUGCCCGCCGGGGGGCGCUGUUCCCCGCUCUUCCCGGCGCGCCCGCGCGCACCGGUCCCGCCCCGCCCCGCGUCCCGCCCCCGACACAGCGCUCGCGGAGGGGAGCUGGGACCCUGACCUUGCUCGCGGGCAGCCCGCGCUCUGCCCGCCGCGCCAACCGGCUGCCUGACUCGCAGAAGUCAGGAGAAAGGGUAGAGCCGAGCCGCCCGAGGCGGGGUAGCCUCCUGGAGCAGGGCCGCGCCCAGUGCGGGACAAUGGGGCCGCGGCGGCUGCUGCUGAUGGUGGCCGCCGGCCUCAGUCUGUGCGGCCCGCUGUCCUCCGCCCGCACCCGGGCCCGCAGGCCAGAGUCAGAAGCAACAAAUGCCACCUUAGGUCUUCGGUCAUUUUUUCUCAGGAAUCCCGAUGAUAAAUAUGAACCGUUUUGGGAGGAUGAGGAGAAAAACAAAAGUGGGUUAACUGAAUACAGAUCAAUCUCCAUCAAUAAAAGCCAUCCUCUUCAAAAACCACUGCCUGCGUUCAUCUCAGAAGAUGCCUCCGGAUAUCUGACCAGCUCCUGGCUGACACUCUUUGUCCCUUCCGUGUACACGGGUGUGUUUGUGGUCAGCCUCCCACUAAACAUCAUGGCCAUCAUUGUGUUCAUCCUGAAAAUGAAGGUCAAGAAGCCAGCGGUGGUGUACAUGCUGCACCUGGCCACGGCAGACGUGCUCUUUGUGUCUGUGCUCCCCUUUAAGAUCAGCUAUUACUUUUCCGGCAGUGAUUGGAAGUUUGGGUCUGAAUUGUGUCGCUUCGUCACUGCAGCGUUUUACUGUAACAUGUACGCCUCCAUCAUGCUCAUGACAGUCAUAAGCAUUGACCGGUUUCUGGCUGUGGUGUAUCCCAUCCAGUCCCUCUCCUGGCGUACUCUGGGAAGGGCUUCCUUCACUUGUCUGGCCAUCUGGGCUUUGGCCAUUGCAGGGGUAGUGCCUCUGCUCCUCAAGGAGCAAACCAUCCAGGUGCCCGGGCUCAACAUCACCACUUGUCAUGAUGUGCUCAACGAAACUCUGCUUGAAGGCUACUUUGCCUACUACUUCUCAGCCUUCUCUGCCGUCUUCUUUUUUGUGCCGUUGCUCAUUUCCACAGUCUGUUAUGUGUCUAUCAUUCGAUGUCUUAGCUCCUCCACAAUUGCCAACCGCAGCAAGAAGUCCCGGGCUUUGUUCCUGUCAGCUGCCGUUUUCUGCGUCUUCAUCAUUUGCUUCGGACCCACAAACAUCCUCCUGAUUGCGCAUUACUCAUUCCUUUUUCACACUUCUACCACAGAGGCUGCCUACUUUGCCUACCUCCUCUGUGUCUGUGUCAGCAGCAUAAGCUGCUGCAUCGACCCCCUGAUUUACUAUUACGCUUCCUCUGAGUGCCAGAGGUACCUCUACAGUAUCUUAUGCUGCAGAGAAAGUUACGAUCCCAGCAGUUAUAAUAGCAGUGGGCAGUUGGUGGCAAGUAAAAUAGAUACCUGCUCUAGUAACCUGAAUAACAGCAUAUACAAAAAGCUGUUAACUUAGGAAAAGGGACUGCUGGGAGGUUAAAAAGAAACGUUUAUAAAAGUGGAUAACUUGAGUAUUCUAUUAGUCCCUGCCCAAACUGUAUUGACUUCACCCCCUAAAACAACAGAUGUACGACUUGCAUGCCUGCUUUUUAUGGGAGCCAUCCAGCAUCUGUUUUUGUUAAUUAUCAGAAAGAUAACAGGAUUAGAAGACCGUGUUAUUCCAAGGGUAUAUUGCCAAUGCUACAGUAAUAACUGAAUGUCACUUUUGGAUAUAGCUAGAUGACAUAUACAUAUUUAUACGUGUGUAUGUAUGUAGAUGUAUACGUACACAUAUAUUAUUACAGUGCAGUUUAGAAUAGGCAGUUUGAAACCCUCUUUUCUUCCCUCCCAGCAAUUAGAGAAAUAAUCUCUGAUUCUCUGAUUUUAAGUCUAGGUUGGUAGAGUUUAGCCCUGAACAUUUGAAGAUAUUUAUCAGCAGUGAGAGACUUCAUAGUUUGGGCUUGUACCACUUUUGCAAAUAAGUGUAUUUUGAAAUUGUUUGACAGCAAGGUUUAAGUUAUCGAGGGAUAAGACUUAGUAUUAUCUGUGUGUAGAAGUUCUAGUGUUUUCAGUUUUAAACAUAUCCAACUUUGAAUUCCUAAAAUUAUGGAAACAGAUGAAAACCCCCUGUUUUGAUAUGGGUAGUAUUUUUUACAUUUUAUACAUGGUAUACAUAAGCCAAACUGAGCCUAAGUCCUCUAGUGAAGGUACGCUGGCUUUCAGAGUAGCCUAUUCCUGAGAGCUGCAUGCGUCUGCCCCUGAUGGAGGACUCAGAGCAGCAGACACAUGCCUGGGCCAUGUCAGACACAGAUUGGCCAGAAACCCUCCCGCUGAGCCUCGCAGAAAGCAGUGAGACUGGGGCCACCACAUUUGCUCCUUCCCCAUGGGAUCGGCUGUGAACCGAUCAUGUUUAUGAGAAACUGGCAAAGCAGAAUGUGAUAUCCUAGGAGGUAAUGACCGUGAAAAACUUCUCUACCCAUCUUAAAAACAAUGAAAGAAGGCAUGGACUUCUGGAUGCCUGUCUACUGGGUGUAAACACGUUCAGUAGUUGUCUUGAAAGGUCAGUUCUGAUAUGGAAGUACCCAUUAUGUGCUCUGGGCACUCAGAUAGGUGCUGGGUGUACAGAGUGGAAUAAGACUGAGACCUGCCCUCAGAAGCAAAGUAGAUGACAGAUAGAGUGUGAUGUAUGUGUAAUAAAUGUUUCACACAA